AUGAGUUCUAUUAAUACGAGUUACUGGAAGCGGUUAUGGCGAUGGACAACCUCCCAAACACUUUCAAAAGAAGAAAUAGAAGGAGUAUUCACUAAGGAAGUUAUCGAGGGACUACAUCAAGGACUAGCCAGUUACAAAUCAAAAGAAUCUAAUGAGUUUACUCAGCUUCAGUCCAAGUAUGCAGAACAAACAAAGCUCCUCAGUGUUGUUCAAACUUUACAGAACUAUAUGGAUGUUAAUUGCUUUCAAUUAUGGGAAAUAGUAAAACACUAUCUAUGUGAUACUUCAUAUGGUACUCCAGCAAAUGCUCUUAAAAAUAUAGCAUUUAUUGAUACAAGACCCAUGUUCCUUUCACCUAAAAGCUAUCAUGAAUUAUUGGAAGAAAGGCACAGAGAGGCUUGUCUGAGAAUCACUUAUGUCGAAGUUUGCAUUUUUAUGGUGAUAUGUGAUCAUGAAAAAAUUAAAAAUAUAUCCAGCUGGUUGGAAUGCACCAAGGAUGCUGUAGAAAGUGAACUAACCAAACUUGAACUGUCUUCUGAACAUAGUGCUAUGCUAAUAACAUGGAUGCUGUUAACACUUCAGAGUAACGAACAUGCUAAAUUAUUUGAAAGUCAAUAUCAUCAGUACGGUGCUACAGCCCUCCGAAUGAGAGUAUUUCACUUUUUACAACAGAUGUUAAACAGUUCAGUUUUUUCUGAUAAAUCCAAAUGUGCUACAAUAGCAAGGCAUCGAACAUUUCGUCUUUUAAAUCAUCUCUGUGAUAAAUUUGAUGGUGAUGGUACAUUAAGUCACCAGCCGGGAAUCAUGCGUCUUUGUGCCGAUUUACUUCAGUCUCCUGAUAUUGCUCAGAACUUUUGGAGUUUGCGUCAAAAAGAGGAUAAUUUUGGUGUAGUCUCACUUUGGAAUACUGCAUUGGAAUAUUUUCCAUUCAAUUUUAACGCUUUGUCAAUUUUGUCAGCCGGAUUAGCUCAAGCAGGAAAUUCAAGCAUUAGAAAUUUACUUGCUGAACUUAAAAAUCUCCCAGUGUAUACAGAGAUAUAUAACCCAAAUGCGAUACCAAUAAUGUCGUUUCAAGGUGAUGACGCAAUUAUAGGGCGGGAAUAUUGUCCCCUUGGAGAUCCUUCCUAUCGAAUAGAAUGUGGGUCAAGAGCGACUAUCAUGGAACGGAAAGAAGGCACAAUGGUUCAUUUCAGGACACCAUAUUCCUAUUGGACUAUCUUCAACAACGAGAUUGAAAAAGUCCUGGAUCGUAAGCAGCAUCACAAACAUAACAUUAAUGUUACCUUGGAGAGGGUGUUUGAAGGGACAAAUGUGUUAAAAGGGGUACUGCAAUCUCUGGUGGAGGAUAAAGAGAUAUCAAAGAGUCUUGUUGGUCCCAGCGAGGGAGUUUUUGAUGUUUUAUUAAGGUUCAUGAGGGCAGAGGACCCGCCGCUACCACUGUUGGUUGAAUGUCUUAAUAUAUGCACCACUUUGGUAACGCUGUUCCCUAAGGAGAUUCAUUUAAGGCUAAUAAACACUGGGCUGCUUCCGAGAAUCAUAAACCAUCAGUUGACGCACGUGGAGUAUGCCAACGGCGCUUCUUUCGACUCUUCGGCCGUUGGCUCCUAUUUGGUCAUAAUAGAACAGCCCAGCGGCUCGUACCAAUUUCUAGGUGCUUACAUCGACAUGCUUUGUGCGUUUCACGAGAGUUCAACGGAGGAGCGCAUCACGUCGGAGAUAAUUCUGCCGGGCCUGGUGUUCGUACUGCGCGAGGUGCUGCCCAACAUCUGCGGCUGGCGGUACGUCGGCAGCGCGGAGCGUCGCAGGCUCUUGCACCGCUGCUCGAAGCUGCUCACGUCGCUCCUGGAGCCGUCGAAGGACGCCAACAAGGCCUCCGCGCUGCUCAAACGCACCUGCAUCUACAGUUUGCUGUAUACGGAGAACGCCCUGGAGCUACUGAAAAUCGUUUCCGUCGGUAAUGAGCAACUCGAGCAAAUGAUACAAGAUGACACCAACUGGAUAUCUGGCACUGGCUCCCAAUACAUAUCGUCUAUACAGCGGUGCCUUGCUAUAGUAAUGUUCGCUUUGAGACUGAAAACAAUGGUGGCCGAUGAAAGCGAAGUCACGCCGUUAGAGAGGCUAAUCUUCGCACAGAACAAGCAAAAAGACCUACUCAAAGUUGUUCCAAAGAUAACAAGCUACAUCAACCACGCUUUCAACAAGAGCCUUGCUGUGCUAAGUUGCAGAUUGUUGAAGAGGUUUGCCGAUGGCUUCCAAAUGUCGCUGUUCGCGUCGCUGGACAUGACCGCCUACCAAGUGCGCGUGAUGUUCUUAGACCGUUUGCGGGACGAGUACGAGAGCACUGAGCUGAAGGUGGCCAUCCUGGAGUUCGUGGCCACCUGCGUCGGCACCCAGCCGGGCCUCACCGAGGCCUUCUUCAUGAUGAACCACGAGAAGGCAAAGGACGAGGAAAAGGACAAGGGCAAGGCGGGCAAGGAUGCCAAACUGGAUGAUAGCUACGAAGGCAUUUUAGGGUACAUGGCUGACUACCUUGGCACUAUCAAAGCGAACGCAAAGUUAUUGCACAGUCCGCUAUUGGCGUGCAUUAUGGCGCUCUUCCACGCGCUGUGGAAAAACAACAUGCAGAUACUCGUGAAGAAGCUCCGCGAGAACCCCAAAUUCUGGGAGUACAUGACCAGCCCGCUGUUUAGCGAGAUCCAGUGCGGCCUGAGGACGUACGCGCAAAUAUUCAACGUCCUGGGCAUCGAGCUGUUCGUGUCCCGGGGCAAACUUGAGCCCAAUCUGAAGGAGAUGCUCGAGCUGUUCUUCGACACGAACAAGAAUCACUUGGACAAGUGGAUAGACUUCAUCUUCUCCUUCCACGGCAGGCAGUCCGCCGAGGAGCCGGCGGACAAAGUGCCCGUGUGGCUGGGCCUGCUCACCUCGUGGAAGGACUUCACCACCAUCUCCUGCAAGUGUCUCCCCAUCAGUCUGAACAUCGCGCACAAGGCCAAGAUGGUGGCGCCCUGCAUGAGCGCACUGCUCACCGAGCUGGAGGACCUGACGGACGGCCGCCUGGUGGUGGUGCUGUCGGAGCUGUACGUGACCAUGCUGGCCAACUGGAAGGACGACUGCUUCGACAACCGAAAGGCGAGCGCCCGCCAAAUCGACAAUCUGCUCGCCAACACGGCCACCGUGUACGAAUGCCUCCACCCGAGGGCGGUGCGCGCGAUCCUCUCCAUCGGCACGGUCGCCAUCAGCAGCCUGGACUACGAGAUCAAAGCGAACAGCGCCACCGCUCAGGGCAUCGUGCGCUCCGUCACCAACAUAAACAGCGUUGAGCUGGAGAAGCUGUUUGAUGACGUUAAGGGGCGAGCCGGGCCCGUUGUGAGCGGGGAGAAGGUUCCCGCCGCGGUGCUCUCCCUAGCGAUGCUGGAGCAGUGCCUCGAUCUCUACGACGACGUGUUCUCGGGCCUAUCCCGGUGGUUCCAGUCGACCAAGUUCAUAAACAAGCUGCUCUGCUGCCUGCACGACUGUCUGCACGACCGCCGCCACUACCAGACCUCCCUGGCGGCGCUGCGCUGCCUCACCGCCUACGCCAGGGGCCCGUUCAACAAGGAGCUGCUGAUGAGCGACGUGGACCAGUUCCUGUGGAUGCAGCUGCUGCCGCCGCCGCUGGGGGACGGGGGCGCCACGUGGAAGCCGCUGGAGUGGUGGCGCGUGUACUCCUUCGGCCUGGACUUCAUCGCGAUGAUGGUGAUGAAGCACGGGCAGUUCUUCGCGAGCGACGCGAUCACCUUCGUCGGGGUGCACCUGGAGCACCUGAUCGAGGCGGUGCUCCUGCCCAGGCAGGUCUGCGGCAUGGACGCGCUCAACCUCUGCGCCUCCACGUUGAACCUGGUCGUGCAGUUGGUGAGCUACGAAGCGACCUGGCGGCUCCAGAACAUCAAUUCCUUGGUUGGAAUAAUGCGCAGCAUCAGUGCGUGCGUGUAUCAGUGCGUGACUUUCAUGCUGAGAUCUCGUCGCGGAUCAGAGCCCACUCUGCCGGGCGAAGACGUCACACACUCGUCGCAGGCGCAGCAAGCGCAGCCGAUACUGCACAGAACUCUAGAGAUCCUGCACAUGGCGACACUAUGCCUGCUCGCGUUCAGCCCCGAUCUGUUAUCUCUCCUGGCUGACCCUGGCCUGGACUUGGAGCGCUGGCAACCGUUGGUGGAGCUGCACUUUGGAGCGCCCAAGAUCAGCCACGAGCCCUUCCCCCAGUUGACCUUCGGGACCAUCCUCUCCGCGAUAUGCCUGCUCACGCGAUCCUUGAAUCACGCUUAUCAAGGCGAGGAGGGCAGCGGUUCGCGUUCGCCGCGCGGGCGCCGGCGCGCCUGCUCUUGCGGCAGCCCUGGCGAGCGGCGCGCGGUCAGGGGUGACUCCGUGACCUCCGCCUCGUCCGCCGCCAGCGCCUUGCCCUACAUCGACGAGAGGCUAGCCGCCGCCGCACUAGAGGCCUCCACCGCACUACUCGCUUCUCAGGCCCUUUUAGCUGUGCGCGACGGCAGCGUCCCGUCCCGCCACAAACAGAUGGUGCGCCGCGAGCUUGCUUCCGAGCUGACGGUGUUCCACGACUUCGUGCGCAAACGCAUCUUGUGCGCGGCUCACAACCGACCGCACCUCGUCCGAAACAAACUGGGAGCUUGGCCGUUGCCGCCGAAUGAGGAAGAGGCCAAGAGGAUCGAACAAGCGAGGAGGGAAAGGAACUUGAGUGAUGACCUCGAAGGCUCCCUGCCCCCACCGCCGCCGCCCAAACGCGCCUCGCACGACUCAAUGCGCGAAUACGUUCUACGUAAACAUUAUUUGGACAAAUGCGCCCAAACGCCAACUAAGGAACCACCUAUGCCUGUAUCGCAUUCGACUCCGGCUUCAGAUAAGAAAAAAGAAACAUCCAGAAGCUCCAAACGUGUUUCCUGGGCGGACACUACAAGUGACAGCAGGGAAAGUUUGGAUAAUUCGUCUAAAGAAAACGAGCAAAUGUAUUCUAAUCUAACUGAUGUGCAGAUAAACAACGAUGAAGAUUACUUUCAUUUUAUCCGGAAAAAUAAAAGUCUAAGCGGCAAAGCUACGAUUGAGUCGCGA